GCCUAGAGAGUUUCAGAGGCAAAACAGAGGACGCAAAGAGAUUUGAGAGACUCCCCGGAGAUAUAUUUUAGGCUUUGUGUUUAUGGCUCUGUUUAAGGCAAUCUCGCCAUGCUCGCCCACCAGCCUCGCUUUUCUACCACCCAAGAGAGAGUCAUUCCUGUACAACGAAAGAGUAUAUUGCCCGAGAAUAUUGUCUUCUUUCCCAGAGUUGGCGGCUAGAACGAGUGAGCUUCAUGGCCAUGCUGUUGCAGCCACUAGUAACGCUGGCAAUUUUACCAAGUCUCGUAACAAUCAAGUUAUUCGAGCGGUGUUGCAAAGUGAAAGAGAGGUGGAAGUUUCUGGAUCUAUACUCAAUGGAGGGUUCCGUGGUAAAUUCAAUAAGGUUGUUUUGGCCUAUAGUGGUGGCUUAGACACAUCAGUCAUUGUCCCAUGGCUGAGGGAGAACUAUGGCUGUGAUGUUGUUUGCUUCACUGCUGAUGUUGGUCAGGGUAUAAAGGAAUUGGAAGGCUUGGAAAGGAAGGCUAAAGCCAGCGGGGCUUCUCAGUUAGUGGUGAAGGACUUAAGGGAGGAAUUUGUACGAGACUUCAUAUAUCCUUGUUUGAGAGCGGGUGCAGUUUAUGAGAGGAAAUAUUUGCUGGGAACGUCGAUGGCUCGCCCUGUUAUUGCAAAGGCCAUGGUAGAUGUUGCCAAUGAAGUUGGAGCUGAUGCUGUUUCUCAUGGAUGUACAGGAAAAGGAAAUGAUCAGGUGCGCUUUGAGCUCACAUUCUUUGCUCUGAAUCCCAAGCUAAAUGUUGUGGCUCCCUGGAGGGAAUGGGAUAUUACAGGGAGAGAAGAUGCUAUUGAAUAUGCUAAGAAGCAUAAGGUGCCUGUCCCAGUAACAAAGAGAUCAAUAUACAGCAGGGACAGGAACUUGUGGCACCUUAGCCAUGAGGGUGACAUUCUGGAAGACCCAACAAAUGAGCCUAUGAAGGAUAUGUACAUGUUGACCGUGGACCCCGAAGAUGCUCCCAAUAAACCUGAAUAUGUUGAAAUUGGGAUAGAAUCGGGUCUUCCUGUUUCAUUCAAUGGGAAGAAGCUCUCGCCUGCAUCUCUACUUUCUGAACUCAAUGAGAUUGGUGGGAGGCACGGAAUUGGCAGAGUUGACAUGGUUGAAAACCGACUUGUUGGUAUGAAAAGCCGUGGAGUCUAUGAAACUCCAGGUGGGACAAUCCUCUUUGCCGCAGUACAAGAGUUGGAGUCUUUGACAAUCGAUCGAGAAUCCAUGCAAGUUAAAGAUUCGCUUGCCCUUAAAUAUGCGGAGCUAGUGUAUGCAGGCAGAUGGUUUGACCCACUUCGCGCGUCGAUGGAUGCAUUCAUGGAGAAGAUAACGGAGUCUACAACCGGCUCAGUUACCCUCAAACUGUACAAAGGCUCUGUUACAGUGGCAAGCCGAAAGAGUCCUUAUAGCCUAUACAGGAAAGAUAUAUCUUCUUUUGAGAACAGCUUGAUCUAUGAUCAGGCUGAUGCUGCUGGGUUUAUUCGGCUUUAUGGUCUUCCAACGAGGGUUCGAUCGAUGCUUAAACAGGGUAUCUAGGAGACUGGUCUCUUCUGUUGUCCUUGUGAUCAACAAUCAAUUUGGAUUGGAGUUCAUGCCAUUGCUAAUUUCUUAGCAUUUCUCUCUCUGUUUGUUUAGUGAUCAGUUGGUGACAUGUUUUAGUUUUCUAGACUCAACCAAGUAACAUUUGGUAUUCUUUUUUUUUUUUUUUUAAUAAUUAAUAAUAUUUGGUAUUCUAA